UCUUCUGAUUCUGUUUUUUGGACGCUAAAGGAGGAGUAUUUACCGCCUGGUUGGCUCUGUCUGGUAUGUGGUGCAUCUGACAAUCAAGAACUUCCUCCAAAUUUUAUAAAGCUCAAAAGAGAUGUAUACACACCAGAUGUGAUGGCAGCAUGUGACUAUAUGAUCGGAAAGAUUGGGUAUGGAACAGUAAGUGAGGCUCUGUCAUACAAGUUGCCUUUCGUAUUUGUACGGAGAGACUUCUUUAAUGAAGAACCGUUCGUUAGAAAUAUGCUUGAGUAUUACCAAAACGGCGUUGAAAUGAUUAGGAGGGAUUUGCUCACAGGACGCUGGGCACCUUACCUUCAGCGUGCAAUUAGUUUGAAACCCUGCUAUGAAGGAGGGGUUGAUGGUGGCAAGGUGACUGCCCGUAUACUACAGGAUAUGGAUUUUGGAAAGAAUAAUACUCCGCAAAAGAAUCAUGCAUUUACAGUUUUGAAUAUUUGUAAUCUCGUCUAUUUCUGGGAAAAGACUUGUUUGAGAUCAGUUACACCAACCAAUGUGAUCAAUCAUUAA